AAUUUCGGUUUAUUUUCAUGCGAUUUCGCUACCGUUUAUUUAUCUACAUCGUUCGGUAGUGUCUGGGUACUUCAUUACCGUUAGCUGUGUACAAUUUUAGUUUAUUUCACACAGUAUAUUGCUGAUAUGGUUACCGUUCAUAUAUCUGUAGAGAUUUUAAAUUGCUGUCGUCUUUGUUUACAAAAGGUAAUUUGUGAGCGCUACGGUGUGCGCUACUCCCACGCUAUCUACAAUCCAUAGUUUAUAUAAUUAUGUCUAUUUCGAUACCGUUUGUUUACAGGUUUAGCUUAUUUCAGUGUAGUCUUUGUUGCUGUUUGUUUAUCCACAAUUUCUAGUUUAUAUUAUUGGGUUACUGGCGGUUUCAUUUAUUAUGAAAUAAGCUAAAGCUUUACUUCUUUCACUAGAUAUCUAUCUAAAUAUCUAUAAUAAUAGAUAUUUGAUUUUAAUUACUAUUUUAUAUUAUGAGUGAAAAUGCAAAUUGUACCAUAGAACAGACAAGAACGAACACGUUCGAGCACGUUCAAUAAAUAGUUGUUAGUGCGCAUGCGUGAUACCUAUUUCAUUAAAUCUUCUCCCACAAUCAAACGGUGAAGGUUUUGUGUAUAUAUACGGCGUUUUGAUCAAAAUUCGAAAACUUCAUACGUCCUGCAAAUCAAACGUCGAUUAGUUUUUGCGAGAAAUAUUAAAGACAACUUAGACAAGGUAAGAUGCAUUAACUAAAGUUCAUAUAUUAUAAAAUACUAAGAUUUAGUUCAAUUAUUAUGAAAAGUACUAAGAAAUCGCUUCCUAGUAGUUGCUGUGCCCUUGUUGGCUGCACCUAUGAAGAAAGAAUCUGAGGUGCCUUUGGGAAAGUCAUGCAACGAACGGAGAAGUCGAUUCCUAGUAGUUGCUGUGCCCUUGUUGGCUGUACCUAUGAAGAAAUAUCUGAGGUGCCCCUUGGGAAAGUCAUGCAACGAACGGUUUAGUUGGACUAAAUAGUGCAAGGAAGCCGAUUCCUAGUAGUUGCUGUGCCCUUGUUGGCUGCACCUAUGAAGAAAGAAUCUGAGGUGCCCUUUGGGAAAGUCAUGCAACGAACGGGUUUAGUUGUUAGUUCGAAGAAAUCGCUUCUAAGUGUUGCUGUACCCCUGUCGGCUGCACCUAUGAAGAAAGAAUCUGAGGGGCCCCUUGGGAAAGUCAUUCAACGAACUAGCGGUGGUUGUACAAAUUUUAUUCAGUACUUCUGCAACAAUAAGAUGCUAAAAGUUUUCUGUUUAUAUUUAGUAGUUUGAUUAAAAGUUGCCAAUUAUCAUCGUGAAGUUGAAAUCCAAAGAGUUGCUGUAUUGAGGAAUGUCUUUUACAUGCAAAACCUGCUCCAAGAACUUUACGCAGCUGAGAAGUUUAACUCGUCAUGAACGGUCCGUGCAUGGAGAGAAGAAGUUUGUCUGUGAUCAAUGCAGCGCAUCCUUUACACGGAAAGAUGAUUUGAAGCGGCAUAAGAAGCGGCACGAAGGAACGAUCACACAUAUCUGCGAAAACUGUAGGAAAGAGUUUCACCGUCGUGAUAAUUUAGUGGGACAUCAAGCUCAAUGUCAAGGGAAUCCUUUGAAAAGAGGGUGUGACGAAGACCGAGAUGAAGAUGAUAGCAGUCCAGCUCCAAAGAAAAUACGAGUUCAAGUUGAAGAAGGUGAGCCAAAUAGUCAAGUUGAAGAAAACCCUUGCAGUUCCACUUCAGCUUUUGACGAUUCCUUGAAGAAGAUCGAGUUGAAACCGCGGAAAGACCAGAAACAGGACGUGUCCCACUUCUUACGUGGCAAGACCAAACCGAUUUUGACCCACCUUUCCAACGAGUUGGUAAAGAAAAGGGGUAUCAAAUGGUUCAUAAGCGUUAAAGUACGGUUCAUCAAACCUAAACCCGACGGUGAAGAUUUGACUACCGAACCCCACUUCCGUAGUCAUUGUAUGAAAACAGUAGCCCAACACGAACUCGAUAAUCAACUAGACGAAGCCAAGCAGAAAAUCAUCCAGUCAUUGGUCAUGUUUCAAAAAGAAGGAAGCGGUUGGAUAUUAGACGAGAUCCUUCAUCUUGACCUGAGCAUCGCUCAGUAUUCUCCAGUUAAAGGAUCCAGUUAUAUCCCUCUACCCAGCAAGCUAAAGACUAAGAAAGCUAUCAUAAACGUGAAGAAUUCUGAUAACAAAUGUUUCAUGUGGUCUAUCCUCGCCGCUCUACACCCAGUGAAACAGAAUGCGGAAAGAUUGCAUCAUUAUCAACAGUUUCAAGAUGAAUUAGAUUUGGCUGGUAUUGAGUUUCCUGUUACUGUUGACAAGAUUGAAAAAUUUGAGCGUCAGAACAAUAUUUCUGUGAACGUGCUUGGCUUUGAGGAUGUACUCUUUCCCAUCUACAUCACAAAGGAACACUUUGAUACCCACGUAAACCUAUUACUAUACUCCCAGGGAACAACUAGACAUUACUGCCUCAUCAAAGAUCUGAAUAAAUUACUCUACAGCCAAAACCGGAAAAAGGCUCGUAUGUAUUACUGUCGUUACUGUCUUCAUGGAUUUAUCCGAGACGAUCUCCUCCAAGAACACGAACCCCAUUGCUCUCAACACGGUCCACAACGUAUUGAACUCCCGAAUGAAGAUAAUGCUCAACUGUCCUUUAAAGACUACCACAAGCAGUUGAAAGUGCCCUUUGCAAUCUACGCCGACUUCGAAAGUCUUACCACCAAGAUCAACUCAGUUAAACAAAAUCCUGAAAAAUCCUUCACUGAAAAAUACCAACACCACCAACCUUGUGGAUUUUCCUACAUUGUUGUAUCCGACCAUGCGAAGUACUCCAAACCACCCGUUGUGUAUCGCGGAGAAGAUGCAGUCGACAAAUUUUUAAAGUGUUUAGAAGAAGAGCAGAAAUAUAUUCAAGAGAAACUGGAUUGGGUCGAACCCAUGCGAAUUGAGAGAGAAGAAGAGCAAGCGUUUCAAGAUGCAGUCCAUUGUCAUAUUUGUGGAUAUGAAUUGGGUUCUGAUCGUGUUCGCGACCACUGUCAUCUUUCAGGAAAGUACCGUGGGGCUGCACACAACGAUUGCAAUUUGAACUAUAGUUUUACCGGCCGAAUUCCUGUUAUUCUUCACAAUCUACGUGGGUAUGAUUCUCAUCUCAUCAUGCAAGGACUCGGUAAACUCAAAGAGAAGAAGAUCAACUGCAUUCCAAACAACACCAAAAGUACAUCUCCUUCUCCAUCGAUAAUUUGGAUUAUAUCGACUCCCUACAAUUCAUGA